AUGUCUGAACAAGAGCGUGUACAGGAAUGCCUGAGGAAGGAAAUAAGGUCGCUUCUCAUUUCCACCAAAGAUGGUCUGACCCCACAGCAGUUGGAAAAGGAAUAUCUUUUGAUGGUUGGCAGCCAUUUACCACUUCGAAUCCUUGGUUAUCGGUCCACUAUGGAGCUAGUAUUGGACAUGCCUGAUGUUGUCAGUGUCUGUCCCUGCGGGGAUGGUACUGUAAUACUGAAAGCCAUUCCAGAUGAAUCCACCAAAGGAAUAGCAAGUUUAGUUGCCAAACAGAGGAGCAGCCAUAAGGUCCGGAACUCCAUGCAGAAGGGAAGGGCUGGUGUUUGCUCUGGGCCUAGCUCUCGCCGGCGAGUACCUUACCGAGGAAGGGUGCCCCCUAUUCUUCCAGCUGUCGUGAAGAGUGAGUUGAAAGACCUACUGGCGCUAUCUCCCGUUCUCCUUUCUGAUUUUGAAAAGGCAUUUGCCAAGCGAUUUGGACGAUCCUUCCAGUAUGUGCAGUAUGGAUUCCUCUCCAUGUUUGAAGUGCUGAAUGCUGCUUCAGAUGUCAUUUCUGUAGAACAGACCCGAGCAGGUUCUUUGUUGAUGCUGAAGAAGAGCGUAUCAGAGGAAAAGCAGAGAGGAUGGCCUGCAAGUAAAAUAUUUACCCAGCCAUUUAGAAUGAAACAACAAGGGUCAUAUCCCACAGGCUGUCCAAUAACAAAGGCAUGCUUUUCACAACCCACUUCAAACAUGGAACCACUGAAGCAAAUAUUGGACAUGGAAAAGACUUCUAGGUCAAAUGUAGUGGAGACUUCAAGACUGAAUCACACUGAAAAAUUAAACCAGUUGGAGAACACCUUCAAAUCAGUUAUUGCACAAGUUGGACCUGGAGGGACUAUCAAUCCAGAAUUAAAACAUAAGAUAAAAUUUGUUGUAUCCAAGUUUCCAGAGGGUUUGCUUAUUUCUAAACUGCUUAGAGAGUUUGAGGUAAUUUUUAAAGAGCCACUUUCACCCAAAAAACUGGGCUUCUUAAAUGUGACAGAGCUUGUUGGAUCUCUUAGUGACAUUCUUCAUGUUGAGUUCAGGGAAGGAGAACAAGACUUGCUGGUGUUUGAUGCUGAUAGGAAGCCUCUACCACCUGUUCAUUCAGACGAGAAAAUAGAAGCCAAAGCUUCUGUGUCCAGUCCCCCUAGAAAUUCACUGUCUACUGCUGUUAUCAAGGAGACAACAUGGGAUUGCCCUUCAAAAAACCAGAGAGAGCCAGAACAGAAGAUUUUUAAGAAGCCUAAUCUUGUGGUAAAGCCUUUACAGCUGCAAGUAGAAAUUAACAAAUCACAGCUCUACUUGGCAAUGGCAAAUCAUGAUAUCCCACCAGAUGCUGUAAGGGACAAGAAAUUAUGCAGACUGCCACCAUUAGAUACCAGUACCCUCGUGGGGGUCUUUGUGGAGUAUAUCAUCUCUCCUAGUCAAUUCUACAUCCGAAUCUAUAGCAGAGAUUCAUCAGAGUUACUUGAAGACAUGAUGAUUGAAAUGCGGCGCUGUUACUCUAAUCAGCUGGUUUCUGAUCGAUAUGCCAUGCCAGAGUAUUUUAUCCAACCAGGACACCUCUGCUGUGUAAGGAUUUCUGAGGAUAAAUGGUGGUAUCGGGUCAUUGUCCAUCGAAUUCUCGGGAAACAGGAAGUUGAAGUGUUCUACCCAGACUUUGGAAAUAUUGGAACUGUUCAGAAGAGCUCCCUGAGGUUCCUUAAGUUCUGCUAUACAAAGCUUCCGGCUCAGGCUAUCCCUUGUUCUUUGGCUUGGGUGAGACCAGUAGAGGAACAUUGGACAUCGAAAGCUAUUUUGCACUUCCAGAAGUUGUGUGGUUUGAAGCCAUUAGUGGGGGUAGUGGACGAAUACGUAGAUGGAAUCCUUAACAUUUUUCUGUGUGAUACAUCCUCAAAUGAAGACGUCUAUUUCCAUCAUGUCUUGAGAACAGAGGGCCAUGCUAUUGUAUGCCGAGAAAAUGUCCCUUCUAAGGGUUUCAGAGACCUUAACCCUUUAGCUUUAUACACUAAAUGCAGUGCAGGGCCAGAUGACAUUGUCCUCCCAGAGCGGGCUCAUCCUUCCCAGCGGCACUGUUUUCAUGAAGACCAAGAGUUAAGUCCACGAUCAAGAGACAGUGAAUUAUAUACCCUGCAAGAUAUUAAAGAUGAAAAGGAUUUCAGUCACCUUAAAUCAAUCACCUCAAAGGAGCCAUUAAAGGAUUCUGAAUUCCUUUCUUUGAAAACACAAGUUAAGAGCUGUGAAGAAGAUCCAAAUUGGUCCAUCCCAGAGCUAAAGGAUCUGAAAGAAGACAGUGAGGAUGAGAUUCCCACUGGAAUGCCAUGCCUGGAGUCAGUAACCAUAGGUGAUGAUAUUUGGGAUGAGAACUGGUUACCUUUGCAGGCUAAAAUGGGAAAAGGAAGUGAUGCUGCCUCCUAUUUAUUUACCUCAAGCCUUGAUGGAAAGAAACCAUAUUCAUCAUGUAAAGAAAUGCCACAGGAGGAAUGGUGUUUUUCUGCACCCAAAGAUAUAUGGGAUGAUUCUUGGCAGCCUUCAGGCUUUGUGAAUGGAAUGAAAGUAGAAGUUCAGAAAACAGAAGGACUGGGUGCUCUAGAAAAAAAUACUGGCACAACCAGGAUUCAGAAGCAACCAAACUUAAAGAGUUCCUCGGAGUCUUCCACAUUACCCAAAUUGGAGGAGUUCUACCUCUCUCUUAUCCAGUCAGAGCAUUCAGCAGAAGGGGACCAGUUUGAGCCCAGCAGCAUUCAGACUCCGCCAAAGCAAAUUCAGCUGUCCACAGCAGCACUCGGCCCAGCUCCUGCAGUGGUCAAUUCCCCACAGAAACACUCUGGUUCAGUGGAAAGCUCUCCAGAGAGCCUAAAGAAUGAAGAUUUUUCUAGUAGCCAUGCUAUUACAGUGUUCAAAGAUAAGAGUCAGGGAGCCAUGGACCAGCUCUCUUUGAUUUUGUCUCCUGAGCACCAGAUUUCUCAGAAGCUCUACAUUCCUCGAAGUACAGCCACUGCUGCCUUAGGAGCUGCUGCACGGUUAGCCACAUCCAGGAGCCUCCUCCACUGGUACCCCAGUGUGAAAAGGAUGGAAGCAUGAGGGAGGGAGGAGGGGAGGAAAAAAUAAAUCAGAUACUUAGGAUGGGGUGACUUCCCAGGCCAAAAUAAGAAGGAGGUAUUGAGACAAAAUCGUAUUUUGAUAGUU